AUGGUGAAAGAAGAUGAUCUUGGUGUGAUCGCCGAGGUGAUUGCAUCGCAAUCAUUCGUUUCCAAGUUUGAGGUAAACUCUACACAGACUGGUCUAGUUGUAUCCAUGUUCACAUGCGGUGCCUUCUUCGGCGCAGUCCUUGCUGGCCUCAGCGGUGACCAUCUGGGUCGUCGCAGGACCAUUUCCCUCGGCUGUCUGUUGUUUUGUUUGGGAGGUGCCCUGCAGACCGGUGCUCAGUCUCUGGCUUAUCUGUGGAGUGGUCGAUUCUUUGCCGGAUUCGGGGUUGGCUUCUUGACCAUGAUCAUUCCUCUGUAUCAGGCUGAGAUCUGCCAUCCCAAGAUCCGUGGCCGAGUCACAGCAUUACAGCAAUUCAUGCUUGGAGUCGGUGCAUUAUGCGCGGCUUGGAUCUCGUAUGGCACUUACAUUGGCUUCGCGCCGACCAACAACGCGCAGUGGCAGGUUCCACUUGGUCUGCAGAUGAUCCCUGCAGUGUGUCUGGGUUUACUUAUUGUCGUCUUCCCCGAGUCUCCUCGUUGGCUCAUCGAUCACAACCGGCCUGAGGAAGGGCUCAGGACUCUGGCCAAACUUCAUGCGAAUGGAGAUGAAAGCGAUCCCUGGGUCCAGGCCGAGUUUGCACAGAUCCAGGAAUCGAUCACCUUUGAGCAUGAGCACGAAGCCAAGUCGUAUGCCGAGCUCUUUACCAACCGCUCCUCUUUCCGACGACUCUUCCUCUGCUGUGCACUGCAAGCUUCGGUGCAGAUGACCGGUGUCUCUGCUAUUCAAUACUACUCCGUUGACAUUUACAAACAAAUCGGCAUAUCCGGAGAAGCCACGCUCCGCUACCAAGCCAUCAACUCCAUCAUAGCACUCAUCGCCCAGUUCCUCUGUAUCCUCUUCAUCGACCGCUUCGGUCGUCGCUGGACCCUCAUCGGCGGCAACCUCGGCAACUGCCUCACCUUCAUCAUCGCCACCAUCCUCCUCGCCAAAUUCCCGCCCACCACCAGCAACAGCGGCGCCCACUGGGGCUUCAUCAUCAUGACCUGGCUCUACAACUUUUCCUUCUCCGCGACCUGCGGGCCCCUGUCGUGGAUCAUUCCCGCCGAAGUCUUUGACACGCGCACCCGGUCCAAGGGCGUCUCUAUCGCCACGGGUCUUUCCUUUGCCUUCAAUACCAUGAUCGGCCAAGUCACGCCCAUUGCUAUGGAUACCAUCAAAUAUCGGUUCUAUUAUCUCUUUGUGAUUUGCAACUUUACGAACGCGGUGUUCUUCUACAUGCUGCUUCCGGAAACGAAGCAGGUGCCGUUGGAGGAGAUGAACUAUAUGUUUUCGAAUGCGCCGUGGAUUGUGCCGGGGAUCAAGAAGGAGGAUUAUCUGCCUCAUGAUUUGGAGAGGAAAGUGGAGGAGCGGGAGAUGAAGCAGAGUGCGGAGCAUGUGGAGUAG